UUUUCUUCAAUGGCAGAUUCAAAGAGCACCUCUUCUCUGCUUUUUCUUUGCCAAUCUCUUUUUAGAAACGAAUAAGUAAAAAAAUAAAAUCUGGGUAUAUAUACACAAAAAAUAGUAGGGAGUAGUAUUGUCAUAGUUUCUUUAUGUUCUAGUUCAGCAACCUAUUCAGUUGUGAGAUUUCUAUAAAAGGGAAAGACGGGUAUGAUUGGUGAAGGGGUAAUUACAGAGUUGAACAGGAAUUCAGCAAAUUAUUCAAAAGUAGUGGAGGAUGUGGUGAGGAUAGAGAAGAAAAUCUUUCCUAAACAUGAGUCGUUAUCGAAGUCGUUUGAUGAUGAACUUCGGAAAAAGAAUGGUGGAUUAGUUUAUGCUUAUGUUGAUGGUGAAGUUGCUGGAUAUGCUAUGUACUCGUGGCCGUCUUCGUUAUUUGCCCUUAUUACUAAGCUUGCAGUGAAAGAGAAAUAUAGAAGGCAAGGGUAUGGCGAAGCGCUGCUCAGAGCAGCAAUUCUAAAAUGCCAAUGUAGGAAAAUUCAAAGGAUAUCCCUCCAUGUGGAUCCCUCGAGAACUCCUGCUGUGGAUCUUUACAAGAAACUUGGUUUCAAGAUAGACUCUUUGGUAGCAAAGUAUUAUUCAGCAGAUCGAGAUGCGUAUAGCAUGUAUUUAGAAUUAAGCAACAGUGAAUGAUAUGGAGCCUCUCCUGUUUGAAUUGUGUGGUAAGUGGUUCUGAAUUUUCAUAAGAUUCAGACCGGGAGAAGAUAAUCAGAGUUUUUCCCAUCGAAAAACUUGUUAAUUAGUGAUUCAUUUGUAUAAUUUUUUCCGUUAUACAAAUAGUGGGGUGUGCAGUUUAAAUCUGGUUAGAGUUUUGGUGUUGAAAUGAACAAGAUUUUGCCUCUUUCUUGAGUGGUGGAGUAGAAAAUAACAUAUUGCAGGAAAUCCUGUGAAAGAUCAAGUACGGAAUUGCGUCAUUUGCAAUUUCUCAUGAUGUUUUCUGGGAGGAUUGUGGGUUUCUAAAUUGUAAGGACAGCUAUAUUUAUGAUGUACCAGCAUUUCCAUCAUCACAAAUUGUUAGGUUCAAGAACAUGUAUGGUGUUGUAUGGUAUACUUACCAGUUUCUUUUUUUUACCAAUAUAUUUCUACUAUGGAGUUCCGGA